AUAUGAAUUUAGCUUUUGCUCUGACUUGCGUGAUGGCAGUCAUCUGGCUAUUCUUUGAAAAAUGUGAAACAGCCCCGGAACUCAUCAGCAAUGUGCAUCGAAGAUUCCGUAGUCGCUCGCCGUUACAAGGGUAUAGUAUGGAAAAUUUGUUUCGCGAGGACGAAGAUUCUGUAGAUUUAAAUAAACGACAGCAGUUCGACGAUUAUGGACACAUGAGAUUCGGGAAACGGGAGCAGUUCGACGAUUAUGGUCAUAUGCGAUUUGGCAGGAGUCGCAAUUAA